AAAAAAAAGAAGAUGCUCCCCUCUAAAACCCUUCUUCCCUGGACCUGGCUGGCACCCAACAAUGACGAGGCCGCCGCCUGCGGCGCCCGCCCCGGUGAGGCUCCGUCUGAUCUUCGAAAACAGCCGUCUCCUCCGACGUGUGCAGAGGGAUGAAGGCCUUCGGCGCUGCUGGCUUCUCCUUAGCCCAGAGCUCGCCACCGUCGCCAACCUCGCUGCUCAUGUCGCAGCCCGUUUCCGCCUUCGCCGCACCUGCCCACGCGGCGUUGUGCUCUCAAUGGAUGGGUUUACCUUGCCACCAUUUGAGUCAACCUGCAUCUUUAGGGACAACGAUAUUAUAAGAGGUCGACCAACCUUGACGUGGACAAAGGCUGUGAAGAGGGACCUGAAGGAGUGGAAUAUUGAUAAAGAGCUCGCCGUGGAUAGGAAGGGGUGGAAGGUUAAACAAAAAUCCUGUACGAAGCACAUAGAGCACAAUGAUGUGCACUGUAUUCAAGAUCAUGAGAUAAUAGAGAAGAGAUCACUUCCAGUUGAUGGCAAAAUCCUUGCAAUCCAGGAUAAGGAGGAUGUCUGUAAACACCAAGAAGAAGAGGCACAUGACGAUCACCAGCUUGAAGAAAAUGCCACUGCUAGCCAUAGCACAGAAAAUAAUGGUACAAGUUUGAAGAGGAAGCGGAAUGAUGGGGUUGCAGAUAUACCUGAGAGCUCAAAGGGACAAAGGCUGAAGGUGACAAAUUCUGGAAAGCAUAUAGAUUACAGCAAGAAGGAACAAAAUGGAUCUAAAAAGUUGAAGCUGUCAGUUAUUGAUAUUGAAGCUAAGAAAGCAACUCCACAACAUGAAACUACCACUACCUUAGUGGAGCAGCAAAAAUCAGAGGGGAACUAUCAAACUGAGUUGAAAUGUGAGGCAAAGGUGACAAACUAUGAUGCUCAAAGUGACACAAAAAAGUUGGAGAGUCGAAGUGCUCGCCGCAAGAAAAUUAAAAGGCUAAUGAAACAAAGAGGAAAAUUACAAAUAGAAAAGAAUGUGCAUGGAGAUUCACCAAUAGCUGCUGAUUGUCCAUCAUCAAGCAAUCAAGAUGGCUUGCCUGUCCCAUCAAGCAAUCAAAAUGGAUCACAUGUUCAUUUUUCAAGCCUCAAAGCAGAUGAGGACGAAUCUGAAACGUCGGAUGAGAUUGUCCCAGUUGUGGUUCGGCCUGGUCACAUUCGCUUUGAGCCAGCAGGCAGAGAACCCGACAAAUCGCCAGCAAAAGAAUUACAGGGCACAUUCCAAUGGAGUGGAACAUUGAGCAAAAAGAAGGGCCAGAAGUGGGGAAUAAAUAGCUCAAACAAGAAAAAUGCCGAUGUCGGCUAUCAUGCAGGAAUAGCUGGAAGCAACACAGAAGUUAAUAAUCUUGUCAUGGACAUUAAGGUUACUGAAAAUGGCUUCUGUGCUGUCAGUAAUAGAAGGAUCGAUGAAGGCAGUAAUGUUGAGAUGUCCAGUGUGAAGGCUGUUGCUAAUGAAGAAAAGUCUAGAGGUGUACCUUUUGAUUUCGAGAGCUUGUACCCCCUAACGCAACUUCCAAAGGAGGGAGAUCUGAUUGCAUACCGAUUGGUUGAGCUGUCUUCCAUGUUGUGUCCGGAGCUGUCUUCGUUCCGUGUUGGAAAAGUUGUGUUAUAUGAUCCCAUAUCAUUGCGUAUCAUUCUCUUACCCGUUCAAGAGUAUCCAAUCACCACCGAGGAAAACGAAGACAAGGACGAGCCAGAUAUGCUUGUGGACUUGUCACCGUACAAGGAAGAUGGCUCCUUGGAGAUCGAGUACUCUUCACUUCUUGAUGUAAGGCUACUGAAGGGUAUUGAACCAGUCCCCGGGGCUUUCAGUACUCCCUUGGCAGAAACAUGCAAUGAAGUUGGAUCGGCACUGGCCAAAGGAAGGCCAGUUACCUUACACAAAAAUGAAGGCAAUAUUGAGAGCCAGAAAUCACCCUUGGUUGCAAACAACACUAAUGGUAAAGAACACAAACUAGGAAAGUCAGAAAAGACGGUUUGGGAAAAAAAUGACGAACCCGGUGAUGAGGUCGAUGUUCAGCAAAAUGGCUGGGGAACAUGGAAACAAAAUAGUACGUCAGCUUGGUCUUAUAGAGCCCUUAGGAGCAGCGCCCUUGGCCCGACGAUGGCACUUCUACGAGGGAAGAACAACCAGAGGGGUAAACCACCCUAUCGAAAGAAGGGCAAGUAAUUGCCUAUGUGUUUAGUGUUUAAGUUCAACGAUACCUAUGUAAUCCUGUGUUGGUCCAAUCUUUUAGCAGUUGAUCUUAUUUAUGUAAAAUUUGGCGAGGAAGAGUGACUGCCGUUGCUGCCCUGGUCAUUUUGAAGUCUGGCCAAGCGAAUUGUUAUCGUUUGCAAAGGAUCGUUAUGAUUUGCUCCGACACUUGUCAAAUGCUGGUUUUAGAGUUUUGCAUGUGCACUAAAAAUGUUCAUAAUUCCAUAUCUGCCACAAAAGGUUGUAGCACCAAACGCUCCACCUAAGGCCUUGUUCA